UUCGUCCUGUUCCUGGGGCUGUCCUUCUUCACCGCUGCACGAUUUCUCACCAGCGAGGGCAAGCGUAAAUCGAUAGCGCAGUGGCUGCUCCUAGCCGUCGCCGUAACAUUCAUGCUGCUGUACGCACUCACCCCCUUCUCCUAACACAAACCGCCUAAUCGACGAGACGCAGCGCCCAAGCCCUGGCAGUACUAACGACCACCCUGGGCGAAUGCGCCGUCCUCACCCCCCACGACACCACGCAGGCCCUCCUCCCAGUGACUUGGCUCCUCGCCCUCGGCAAGCUCGCCCUCCUCAGCCUGAUCCUCCUCCCGCUCUGUCGCCGUCUGCACCACGGCGCAAGCCACAAGACCAUCGAUCGGUGGAUCCUCAUCCCGCAUUCCUUCCUGAUAGCCGUGCUGGCAGGGUUAAUGCUCGCAGCGCUAGCGGUGCAGACGCGUCUCGUCGAGCGGAUCAUCCACCCCACGCGAUACACUUUUACGGAGCUGCAGCGCUGGCAACGCACGGAGAAGAGGCUGUGGGUGGCCGUGUUCGUGGUGGAGGUGCUGGGGAUGAGUCUUGCGGCGGCCCGCAUCGGGUGGGCCGUGUGGUCGGCGCGCCAUUUGCGCGGCGGGGAACUCGGCUUCUUCAUCCCCCUGCUGAUCGUCUCCUCGGUGGGGCUGGCGCUGACGGAUCUGGUCGGGUAUGUGGAGGGCCCUGCAUUUCGGACGGCUGCAACCGUCGAGCAGGAACGGAACAUGGUGAGCGGCCAGCAGGCCCGGAUGUAUGUCGAGUAUUUCUUCUACGCCGGGACGGUGCUCAGCGCGGGAGUGGUGGUGGCGUCGCGGCGGCUGGGGAGGGCGGCGCGGGUGAGUAUGUCGAGUGUGCGCGCGAAGGGGUAGGGUCGCUUAUACUGUGUAUCGAGGUCCUAAGUACUAGAAUUUACCGUCCCG